AUGAUGAUGUUAUCGCUGCCAUCGCAAUACUACCAAAUCUUUCUGACCCAGUCCAUUCUCUCCGCAGCGGCCGCUGGUGCUAUCUUCAAUGCCUCGCUCCAAUGCUGCAUGGGCUGGUUUCUGAAGCGCAGGGCUUUGGCUCUCGGCAUUGUCGCCUCCGGAUCGUCCAUCGGCGGUGUCGUCUUGCCCAUCCUAAUGGAACAACUGAUUCCCAAGAUCGGAUUCCCCUGGACUAUGCGAAUUGUGGGUUUCGUCAUUCAUGCUCUUUGUGGAGUCGCCUGCGUGACUAUCAAGGCAAGGCUGCCACCACACCCGAAUAGAGUCUCCAUCAGAGAAUACUUCAUACCGCUAAAGGAGCCCGUCUUCCUCUUCAGUAUCACUGCCGGGUUUCUAUUCUUUUGGGGCAUGCUUUUGCCAUUCAACUACAUUAUUCUUCAAGCCGAGUCGGUUGGUCUGGACCCGUCACUUUCACAUCUUUCUGGUCGCAUACUUCCUGGAUACGCAGCUGAAAAACUGGGUCGCUUCAACACCAUGAUCUGCAUCACUCUGGUCUCUGGCGUCAUAAGUCUCGUGCUAUGGAUCCCCGGCAAGAGCACCGCAGGAAUCAUUGUUUACGGCAGCAUCUUUGGGUUCUCCUCAGGUGCGUUCGUAUCCCUGGCCCCAGCAUGCAUCGCCCAGAUCACCCCGGAUAUGAGGAAGAUAGGCACCUGGACCGGAACAGCGUUUGCUGCGCAGUCCAUUGGUGCUCUCACAAGCUCUCCUAUUGGCGGUGCUCUAGUCCAGCGAUUGGAUGGAGACUACCUUGGCAUGCAACUGUUCUGCGGCCUGACUAUGACUUUGAGUGUUGUUUUCUAUGUUGCUGCCAGGACUGUACGAGUAGGUCUCAAGUUCACAAAGAUUUAG